AGAGAUGUCACAAGUAAAGUUGGUAACACUAGACGUGACCAACACUGUGAUGCGAGUUCUUGGUGGUGUAGGACAUCAGUAUUCAAGCAUAGCAAAAAUCCAUGGAAUAGAACUAGAUCCAGAUGUCAUCAACCAAGCAUUCCGGACUAAAUUUAAGGAGCAAAAUAAACAGUUUCCUAUUUUUGGCAGUAAAAGUGGUUUAACAUCUCGUCAGUGGUGGGACACUCUUGUUCAGAAGACACUUACACAGAGUGGAAUGGACUCAAAAGACAAUAAACUGAGUAAAAUAUCGCAGGAUAUAUGUACGCAUUUUGAAACUGAAGGCUGGAUGUUAAUUCCAGACUCUGUACAUGUAUUGCAGGAGUUAAAAAACAGGAAUUUCAAAGUGGGCGCUAUAUCAAACUUUGACGAUACACUAGAAAAUGUGCUUCGUAGGAUGUCAAUUCUCCACUAUUUUGACUUUGUUUUGUCAGCUUGGACUGUAGGUCAUGCUAAACCAGAUCCAGAAAUUUACCUGAAAGCUCUGAACAUUGCAAAGACAGCAGCUUCAGAAUCUAUUCAUGUUGGUGAUGAUUAUCAAAAUGACUAUUUAGGUCCAAAGAAAGUGGGAAUGCAGAGCAUUUUAUUUUGUCCAGAUGUUUCAAAUAUUCCAACAGGUGUUAAAUGUUCAAUAGCAAAUCUAUCCGAUUUAUUAAAAUAUGUUUAAAGAGA